GCGCAGAGCCGGUGAAUCACGCCGACGCCGCUUCGCUUCUCCCUCCGAUCUCCCUUCCACCCCGACAGUCGGAUCGCCUCCAUUUUAAUCAGGAGACUCUUCGCGGUGGAGAGAGGAUUCGUUGCCGUCUUCUGCAGCGCGAGAUUGCGUUCCGAUUAAUAUUUCACAAGUUCCUUCUCGCUCGGAGCGGAUUGGCUGGCGCUCUUUUGUUUCCUGGAGGUGAAAUGAUGCUGAAGUGAUGCUGCGUCGCUGCUCCCACCCGCUGUAGACCAACAUCACCAACAUCAUCAUCAGCAUCAUCAUCAUCAUCAUCAUCGCCGGUAUGAGUCUCAUCGAAGAGCCCAACAUGAGAGAUUUGGACUAACAAACCCGCAGGGCUGUUGAAGACCUCAAGUGUUUAAAACGCUGAAGUUAACGUUGCUGGAGAACGCCUCGGAGGCAGAAAUCAAACAAAGGCCCAAAUGAAACUCUGCGACUGAGAAUAAGGCACUGAGAAACACUGUUACCACACACAUAUAUUCACUUAUUGCUUACACACACACACACACACGAUGGCACUGGACAACACCGGCUUCUCUUCGUGCCCCGAAUCCCUGUCCCUCCCAGUUCCAGAGAAAGGGGAGGAGCCUGUGGAAGAGGCCCCAAAGGAGGCUCCGCCCACCGACGUACAAAACACAUUUGAGGAGCUGGGACACGUGGUCACCACGGAGACAGCCCCGCCCACACAGCCACCGUCGAAUAACAACAUGUCCUUCCAGGACAAGAUGGCUGCGAGGGAGGCGCAAGCCAAUCAGCACAGGAAGAAGCUUCAGGGGGCGGGGCAAGAGAGGGGCAAGUUCGGAUGGGCGCGCAGCAGGCGUAAGAGGCAGCGCUACGUGGAGAAGAACGGCCGCUGUAAUGUGCAGCACGGUAACAUGCGCGAGACGUACCGCUACCUGACGGAUAUCUUCACCACUCUGGUGGAUCUGAACUGGCGCUGCUCUCUUCUGGUCUUUGUCAUGGCGUAUGCAGUCACCUGGCUCUUCUUUGGAGCAAUAUGGUACCUCAUUGCAUACUGCAGGGGCGAUCUGGAUCAUUUAGAGGACGAAGCGUGGACUCCGUGUGUGAAUAAUGUUAACGGAUUCAUCUCCGCGUUUCUUUUCUCAAUUGAAACGGAGACGACUAUCGGCUACGGUCACCGCGUCAUCACUGACCAGUGUCCAGUGGGCACCAUGCUACUCUUGCUACAGGCUAUACUGGGCUCUAUGGUCAAUGCAUUCAUGGUUGGCUGCAUGUUUGUGAAGAUCUCCCAGCCGAAUAAGCGCGCCGAGACAUUGGUGUUCUCUCGUAAUGCUGUCAUCUCAUUGCGGGACGAUAAGCUCUGUUUGAUGUUCCGCGUCGGAGACUUGAGAUCCUCCCACAUUGUGGGCGCUAACAUGAGAGCCAAACUUAUCAAAUCCAAACAGACACAAGAGGGUGAGUUUAUUCCCCUGGAUCAGACGGACAUCAGUGUGGGCUUCGAGACGGGGGACGAUCGUCUCUUCCUGGUGUCUCCGUUGGUGAUCUCUCACGAGAUCGAUGUCCGCUCUCCGUUCUGGGACAUGUCCCAAGCUCAGCUGGAGAAAGAGGACUUUGAGAUCGUGGUGAUCUUGGAGGGCAUGGUGGAAGCUACAGGAAUGACCUGUCAGGCGCGGAGCUCUUACCUGGCAGAAGAGGUGCUGUGGGGUCAUAGGUUCAGUCCCAUGAUGUCUCUGGCCGAGGGAUUCUUUGAUGUGGAUUACGGGGCUUUUCAUCACACGUUUGAGGUGGACACGCCCUCCUGUUCUGCGAGAGAACUUGCAUUGGCUGCUGCCCGUUUGGACGCUCAUCUCUAUUGGUCGAUUUCCAGUAGGCUUGAUGAAGAGAAAUGGGAGGGGCCUAAUCUGACUGAGCAAACGGGGAAGUCCACUGAUUCAGAAUCGGUCAGGGAGGGAGACGGGCCAACAUUUACUGUGGGUGGAGUCACAAAUACCCAGGACCAAUCGGUUGUGGGAGAGCAGAACGGCAGUGUGACCACUGACCAAUCAGAGUCUGAGGCUUAAAAGGAUGCAAGAAUGUAAAAAGGUACGGAAAUAUUCGAAGGAGCCCACAGUUGAUGUAAAUUUAACUUUAGUCUGGAUUUUUCAGCGAUCCAAGCCUUCUUCUUCGAGUUAGAUUUUUAAAUGUAUAGUCGCUAAUGCCUAGCAUAGAAUACUUUCCCCAAGGGGGAAAUCCUAGUGUCUCCUUCCUGUAUUUUCAGUCAGAAUCAAUCUUAACUUUUGAUGUUUCAUGACAACACUGCCUUUGAAUUCACACAGUAGCUCUAUUUCAAAGCCUAGUAAGAUGCCUCAUUGUCUGCCGUCGACUUAGACAUCAUCCUAACUACCGAAAUAAAACCUGCGAAGGACUCGUGCGGUGUUGCCUUAAAGGGAUAGUUUACCAAAAAAAGAAAAUUCUGUCAUAAUUUACUCACCUUCAUCUUCUUCCAAGCCUUCUGUUGAACAGAAUUCAUAUUCAUGAAUAUAUCGUUCUUCGAAAUAUCAUGUUUUGUGUUGAAUAGAAGAAAGAAACCCAUGCAGGUGUGCGUAAAUACAUUUUUGGGUGAACUUUCCCUUUAAAGUGCCCCUGUUAUGGGUUAUGAAAGAUUCACAUUUUAGUUUUGGGAGUCCCAAAGAACAGGUUCACAUGCAUGCAAGGUCAAACACAAUUAAAUAAUGUGAAUCUAUUUUUUACCUCAUUUGUCCAGUGACUCCCAAACGAUUCAUUUCUCCAAACCCCUCCAGUGAUUGGUCGAUUUCAUUUAAAGCAGCCUUUUAACGCUUCAAAGCGGCACCUACCUAGUGGCAACGAACGAAUUAGCAUUUUCAUUCAGACCGACGCGAAAAGACCAAAAAGAGAGAGGGCAAUAUUCAAAUGUUUCAUUCUGACAUCACCAUGAAACGGCUCGGGACUCGUUUCAGUGAUUCGGAGUCGACUCUUUCUUUCGAGAGACUUUAUACGGUCGCUUUCAGAUUGAAAACUUCACCACACGCUGCAUGAAAGCUCAUUUUCCAAAACCCCUAACAGGGGCGCUUUAAACGCGACCAAAACAUAGGCGAAGCUAACCAAGCUAACGUGUCUGAUUCGCAUCGGUUCCAACCUAACCGUCUUUAACGUUUCACUGCCUUUCUUUCUUAAGUGUUCAGCCAGAGCGGUACUAUUUUUAAAAACGAUCUUUUAGAACAAGCCGGUGCAAGUCGUUCACAGUCACGUUGGCUGGUUUCACGUGCACCUGAAAAUAAAGUGAACGUGUUACUAUGGCGACGUUACAUUCCAAUUUGCAACAUCACAGCGGAGUUUAGCGUUAGCUUCUUAAGAGUCAGCCGGUGGUAAAUUUAGCACGCGCUCUCGACUGCCGAACAGCCCGGGAGAGUCAUGUCAUUGUGUGAGUGGAUCUAGAUGAUAAAUGGCUUAAAUGGAUUCAAACGCGAGAGAUAUCGAAUGCCAUUAGGCCACUGCAACUUUUCGACUUCCUAAUGAAAUCAAUGUAGAAAUUAACAUCACCCUGUGAUUGAUCAGCCGUAUUCGACCCAAUGCAAACACGCUGCUGUCCUUCUCGUCUCUUAUUUAUCGAGUUCGAAUGCGUUCGUAGCAACAAAUAACUAAUUGCUCCGUUGCUGCUGCGGACUAAAUGAGAGAAGUUAUUAAUAAUAAUCAGUGAAUACUUCCAACACUUCAACAGGCUCUUUUUGACAUAUUUCUAAUGUCGUGCAACCAGGGGUGCGUGUCUUAAACCAGCUGGCAAAGGUCUUUUCCCAUGCUGGUCUGGACUGGUUUGUGGGUGAUCUUUCUGGUUAAGUUAUUCAAGAUGUUUGGUUUUUUAUUUGCCGUGUGCUUUAUUCGAAAACGAGCUGUAUACAAGCUUGACAAAAAAUAAAUUCUCCAUAUUUUCUAUAUGCAUACAACAAAUACAUACAAUCAAAACUAAAAAGGGAUAUGAACGAAACAGCAACCGAAACAGGGUUUUAUUAUAUUUUUUUACACUCAAAGAAAUGUUUGAGUUAAAGGGAACAGUUGCGGUCAUUUUUCGAAAGACUUUUAAUAAUAAAUGGAUUUUGAAAUAUAGAGAACAUAGAGUUUUAUGUCCAAGGCUGAGUUUUAUAUUUUUUUUUCUGAUGGUCUCUUUAAUGAAUUGUUGAUGUAAUUCAGAAGUAUUUCUUGUUACAGUUUCUUUUGGGACAGUUGUCUGAGAAUUAACUCUCGUCUGUCAUAAAAGACUGUUUGGAUCAGGUUCGAUUUUCUGCGUUUUCUGUAGCAAAGAAAGAAUGGAUGAAUGUGUUCAAAAUAAACACGUGAAAAUUA